UGUCUAUCUAUCUAUCUCUCUAUCUAUCGUCUCUGUUCUAAUUCUCGUCUAUUUCUUUCUCCCCGAAACCCUAAUUUCAGUCUCUCUGGAUAAUUAUAUUUUAUAUGAACAGAAGCUGAAUUUCAUUCCUUAGUUUCAAAUUCGGUGUGCGAAUGGAGUCUAGGGCUCGAAAAAGUCCAUGACCAAGCUUUAAUGGCCUUUAGCUGUUGUAAUUUUGGAAGAUGUCCGUUCCAGAGCUGAAAGAGCGCCACAUGGCUGCUACGGAGACCGUGAAUGAUCUCAGAGAACGUUUGAAGCAGAAGCGUCUUCAUCUUCUCGACACUGAUGUGUCGGGGUACGCGAGGUCUCAAGGGAAAAUUCCGGUUAGCUUCGGCCCGACGGAUCUAGUUUGUUGCAGGACUUUGCAGGGGCAUACCGGGAAGGUUUAUUCACUGGACUGGACUCCUGAAAAGAAUCGCAUUGUUAGUGCAUCUCAAGAUGGGAGGCUAAUAGUGUGGAAUGCUCUCACAAGCCAGAAAACUCAUGCCAUAAAGUUACCUUGUGCAUGGGUCAUGACAUGUGCCUUCUCUCCUACUGGUCAGUCUGUUGUAUGUGGUGGCCUUGAUAGCGUAUGCUCCAUCUUCAAUCUGAAUUCUCCAACUGACAAGGACGGGAACCUACCUGUAUCAAGAAUGCUUAAUGGGCACAAGGGUUAUGUUUCCUGUUGCCAGUAUGUUCCAGAUGAAGAUACUCACCUAAUAACAAGUUCUGGUGAUCAUACGUGUGUUUUAUGGGAUAUAACUACCGGCCUGAGAGCUUCUGUUUUUGGAGGUGAAUUCCAAUCUGGGCACACUGCUGACGUGCUGAGUGUCUCUAUCAGUGGAUCAAACUCAAGAAUGUUUGUGUCUGGUUCUUGUGAUGCAACUGCCCGAUUGUGGGACACUCGUGUUGCUAGUCGAGCAGUCCGGACAUUUCAUGGUCAUGAGGGAGAUGUUAAUGUUGUGAAGUUCUUCCCAGAUGGAAAUAGAUUUGGAACUGGUGCAGAUGAUGGAACUUGCAGGUUAUUUGACAUUAGGACUGGGCACCAGCUCCAAGUAUACUAUCAGCAGCAUGGUGAUAAUGAUGUCCCCCCUGUGACUUCCAUAGCUUUCUCCAUAUCAGGCCGGCUUCUCUUUGUCGGGUACUCCAAUGGCGAUUGCUAUGUAUGGGACACUUUACUGGCAAAGGUGGUUUUGAACUUGGGAUCUCUUCAAAACUCACAUGAAAGUAGGAUCAGCUGCUUGGGUUUGUCAGCUGAUGGGAGUGCCUUAUGCACAGGAAGUUGGGAUACAAAUUUGAAGAUUUGGGCUUUUGGUGGGCAUAGGCGAGUGCUGUGAGUAGUUGUGGUCUAAAGAAGGUUCAUCUGAGUUGCCUUGGCAUUACAGACCCAUGGUAGUUCUUGUCUUCCCUUUUUAUUAUUAUUAUUAUUAUUAUUAUUAUUAUUAUGUUUUUUCUUGUAAAACCUUUUGUAUCUUAUUAAGGUGACUCUGUUUUCAGAAA